AUGAGCUCCGAGACCACAGUGCAGCCGGCAGCGGGGCUGCACACGAGUGAGGGCACGACCGUGGACAGAACUAUCAAUCUCUUUAACGCCACCCAGCACAGUUCGUAUGAGUGCGAUAUCGAGACCCUGCCGCUUGGGUUCCUCUCCGCGAACCGCGUGGUGUCGGUGCUGGAGAAGGCCAUUGAGCGGCUGGAGCUGCUUAGUCUGUUGGAUACAACGUCGCCAGAAGAGGGGGCCACCCGCCCACUUCUCCCCGGUGUCGGCGGCGGAGGCCGCGCGAAUGCUGCGGAUGCUGAUCAGACCAAGUCCCCCACCUUCACCCCGCGAAAGGCGGUGGUGAUACUCUCAGGCAACGAAGAUAUGCCGCGCAAGACGAUGCGGGAAGUCAAUUCGGCGUUGUUGGCCGUUGCAAACACGCAACGCACAGGGCGUCCCACGGUGGCGGAAUUGGUGGAGGAGCAGCAGCGACUGGAACGGCGGUACGGGGAGCUGCUGCGUAAGACUAAAAAGGCUAAGCCAAGCCCCAAUGAGCCGGAGCUUGAUCCGAGCUGUUUUGCCGCCGUUGAAGACACGGAGCAGGCAGCUGUCAUGAUGGAGCUCAAGGAGACUUCGCGAACCCUGCGAGAACACAACAAGGCCCUCUUCAUUCAACUCAAGGACAACCCCCACGAUGCGGAUAACUGGAAAAAAGUUGGAAAUGAGCGGUCCGAGCUGACACAGUUGUUUCAAGCUCUGGUGCGGGAGCUAACAACAGGGUACAACACGGCAAAGACCUCCGUCUCUACAGGAGGAUUGCAACGCACCAAUAGCAAACGCCAACGCUCCGCAAACACAGAGAGUUUGGGAGUGGAUUCCAGGGACGCCACGUUGCCGCUAAUGAAAAAUCGCUUCGGUAGUGCCGUCCAAAUGAAGCGAAGCACGCGAGGCCCUUUAGCACCACGUAUUCCUCUUACCUCCUACUUUGAUCGCUUUGCCAAGCUGAUUUCGGACGAGCAGAACGCCCAGCGUUGGGCCGAAGAACUUCUCAUCAAGGAGAAGGAGAUGAACCAGAACGUGAAGCAGCUGCAGUACGACCUAAAGGCGGAGAAGCUGUUGAAGGAGAAGGAUGUAGCUGAGCGUCGCCAGCGCAUUGCCGAGCUAAAGGUCAAACUUCGGCUAGAGAAGAAGCAGGUGAAGCAGCAGAGUGAGAUGGUGCGGGCCGAGGUCGAGGCCUCGCAUGAGGCGCGACAACGAAGUGCCCGUGAGGAGGAGCGUCUUGUGCUUGAGAAAAUACGUGGAUUUGAGCAGGAGGAACGCAUGGAGGAUUUGGCGCACGCAGACUUCAAGGAACACCUGAUUGAGCGCACCGAGGCGAUGGAUGAACUUGCGAAUCAGUGGGACCGAAAGAACCAGAGCGAGAUCAAGCGGGUCGAGGCACGCAAGAUUGAUGUAGAGCAGAUGCGGCAGCAGUGUGCGGAGCGAUUGGAGAAGGCGUUGAAGGAUAAGGAGUUGGAGCUGCAGCUCAAGCAACAACGCGAUGAUGAGCGACAGCAGGAGGAGACGCAAAAGACGGCAGCUGAAACUCAGGCAAACUUGGUGUACGAUGCCGUGUCCCAGAUUCAGUCUGCAAUCCGUGCCAUGUUUACACGACAGGCUCUCACUCUCCUCAAGAAGAAGAACAAAAAGAAGCGCAAGGCAGAAAAUGCAUAG